AUGGCGUCGAUCGAGGCUUCUAAUCCCAACAGAGCCCUAACUGACACUCGAUUCUCCGACCUCAAACCACCUCUCUCCGAACCAGUCCUCGAAGCCCUAACCCAAUCCGGGUUCGAGUUCUGCACGCCGGUUCAGGCCGCCACUAUCCCCUUACUGUGCAGCUACAAGGACGUCGCCGUCGAUGCCGCCACCGGCUCCGGUAAAACUCUAGCCUUCGUGGUCCCUCUCGUCGAAAUCCUCCGCCGCUUCACUUCUCCGAAGCCUCACCAGGUUAUGGGGAUAGUUGUAUCUCCAACAAGAGAGUUGUCAUCGCAAAUAUUCCAUGUAGCCGAGCCUUUCAUUUCAACAUUAGCCAAUGUUAAGCCGAUGCUUCUUGUUGGGGGAACAGAAGUGAAAGCAGACAUGAGAAAGAUAGAGGAGGAAGGAGCGAAUUUAUUGAUUGGAACGCCUGGGAGGCUAUAUGACAUAAUGGAACGCAUGGACAUCUUGGAUUUUCGGAAUUUGGAGAUUUUGAUUUUGGAUGAAGCUGAUAGGCUAUUGGACAUGGGAUUCCAGAAGCAGAUAACCUCCGUUAUAUCAUGCUUGCCAAAGCUGCGUAGGACUGGUCUCUUUUCAGCUACUCAAACUGAAGCAGUUGAAGAGCUAUCCAAGGCAGGUUUGAGGAAUCCUGUGAGGGUUGAAGUUCGAUCAGAAACUAAAUCACUCAAUGAUUCGUCAUCAUCACAGCAAUCAGCCUCAUCAAAAACGCCUUCAAGUCUCCAUAUUGAGUAUCUGGAAUGCGAAGCUGAUAGAAAACCAGCUCAGCUUGUCGAUCUCCUAAUUAAGAACAAGACCCAAAAAAUUAUAAUUUAUUUCAUGACCUGUGCUUGUGUUGAUUACUGGGGAGUUGUUCUUCCGCAUCUUGCUGCCCUGAAGGGUCUCUCAAUAAUUUCUCUUCAUGGGAAAAUGAAGCAGACUGCAAGGGAGAAAGCGCUAGCAUUAUUCACAUCUCUUUCAAGUGGCAUCCUUCUGUGUACUGAUGUUGCAGCACGUGGACUUGACAUUCCGGGUGUGGAUUGUAUAGUGCAGUUUGACCCCCCUCAGGAUCCAAACGUUUUCAUUCACAGGGUAGGCCGGACUGCUAGGAUGGGACGGCAAGGAAGUGCCAUUGUUUUCCUGUUACCGAAGGAGGAAGCAUAUGUGGAGUUCCUGCGAAUAAGAAGGGUACCACUUGAGGAGCGAAAAUGUUCUGAUGAGGCUCCUGAUAUUGUUCCUCAGAUACGGUCUGCUGCAAAAAAGGAUCGUGAUGUUAUGGAAAAAGGACUCAGAGCAUUUGUCUCAUACAUUCGUGCUUAUAAAGAGCAUCACUGCUCAUACAUUUUCAGGUGGAAAGAGCUUGAGAUUGGGAAGUUGGGCAUGGGAUAUGGCUUAUUGCAGCUCCCUUCAAUGCCCGAGGUAAAACACCAUUCACUUUCGACCGAGGGUUUUACUUCAGUAGAAGAUAUCAAUCUGGAGGAAAUCAAGUACAAGGAUAAAUCUCGGGAAAAACAACGAAAGAAGAACUUGCAAGCAAAGAAAGCUCUACAACAGGCACAACCAAAACCUCAGAAGUCUAAAGCGACCCUAAAUGCCGCUAAUAAUGUCAUGAGGAAGAAAACAGCCAAGCAGAGACGUGCUGUUCAAUCGGUUGAAGAUGAAGAUGAGAUGGCACGGGAAUACCGCCUACUGAAAAAGCUGAAAAAGGGUGCAAUUGAUGAAAGUGAAUUUGCAAAAUUAACAGGAACUGAAGACUUGCUUUGAAAUAUAACUUGAUCUUGGACAUCAAGCAGUAGGGAAAUUUAAGCGGGGCUGAAG